CGGCGCAACUGACACAGCACGUGGACGCGCUCAAGACCCAACUGAAGGAAGCCAGCGAGGGUCUGGCCGCAGCGAACCGGCUCAACGAGCAGCUAGAUCGCAAGGAGGAGCUGAUAGUGGCUCUGAAGGCGGACGUGGAAGCCAAGGUGGACGCCAUGGUUCGUCUGCAGGCAGAGAUGGAGGAGCUCAAGGGCAACACGUCCGGAAAAGUUGACAAGUCGCUGGUCAAGAACCUGGUGGUGGGGUACGUAGCGGCGCCGGCCGGCCACGAGCGCGAGGUGCUGCGCGUCAUCGCCACCGUGCUCGACUUCUCGCGCGAGGAGCGCGCGCGCGCGCGGCUCGACCCGGCGCCGAGCGCGCCCGGCCCCGGCCCGGCCGGCGCGUCGCUCAGCCAGGCGUUCGUACGCUUCCUGGAGGCCGAGUCGACGCCGCGCCGGCCGGCCACGCUGCCCGCGGAGAAGAUGGCGCAGGAGGCGGUCCGGCGCACGGAGGCGCGCACGCACCGCUCCCAGGCGUCGCCGAUACCGGCGACCGCGGCGCGCACCACGCCGCCGCCGAGCCACUCGCGGCAAAGCUCGACCUCGUCCAACCUGCUGCUGUCGCUGUCGGAGCAGCAGCCGGCCGAGCCGGCCGCCAGCAGCAGCAGUGUCCUGCGCGCCAUCAUCGGAGACGGCGGCGGCGCGGAGCAGACAGACGUGCCGCGACCUGCCGAGCCGUGACAGGCGCAUCUGGGCCGCGCCGACGACAGCGCCAGAGCGGGCGGCAGCGGGCGGCGCAUCUGGCGUCGCUUGCCCGGGAAUUACGUGCGAUGAGAAUGCUUUAUAUGUAUGUCUUCGCGGAAUAAUACGCUGUUGACUAUAUGGUGCUCGCAAUGUUAUUUUUAUGAAAGUGAUAGCUGUAAUUGGUGAAAUAAAUUAUCCGAUGCAU